UUUUAUUAUUAUUUGGUUUUUUUUUAAAAAAAUAAAUAGUUAUAGAAAAUGAAAACUUUUAAAAGUUUGAUUUUACUAUCUUUAUUGAUAGUAAAUCUUUUAAUCUCGACAUCAUAUGCCACUUCAAUUAGAGUCAGUAUUGUCGAAGCCGAAAAGGGCGAAAUCAAAAAUCCACAAGAAUAUAGUGCUACCGAACAAUUAAAAACAAAAUCACACUCUACCAAACGUGAAAUGAAAUUAGACUAUAGCCAAAUUUACCCACCAAAACCAAAAACUAAAGAACAACUCGAAUUCAUUUCAACAAGAGACUCUUUUGUUGACAAUUUAUUAGGUAAAAUGUCUAUUCUUGAAAAGAUUGGUCAAAUGACUCAGUUGGAUAUUACAACUUUAACCAUGCCAAAUACAAUCAUUAUCAAUGAAACCACCUUAGCUUAUUAUGCUAAAACAUACUAUAUUGGUUCAUAUUUAAAUUCACCAGUAUCAGGUGGUUUAGCUGGUGACAAUCACCAUAUUAAUUCAAGUCAAUGGUUAAAUAUUAUCAAUAACAUUCAAAAGAUUACAAUUGAGUCCAGUCCAAAUAGUAUUCCAAUGAUUUACGGUUUAGAUUCUGUUCAUGGUGCUAAUUAUGUCCAUAAAGCUACUCUUUUCCCACAUAACACUGGUUUAGCCGCUACCUUUAAUACUGUUCAUUCUACUGCUGCUGCCGUUGUAACUGCCAAAGAUACUUCAGCUGUUGGUAUUCCAUGGGUUUUCGCACCAGUUCUUGGUAUUGGAGUUCAACCAUUAUGGCCACGUAUUUAUGAAACUUUUGGUGAAGAUCCAUAUGUUGCUUCUAUGAUGGGUGCUGCUGCUGUUAGAGGUUUCCAAGGUGGUAACAAUUCAUUCGAUAAUCCAAUUAAAACUCCAUCAGCUGUUGCUACUGCUAAACAUUACUUUGGUUAUUCUGAUCCAACUUCAGGUAAAGAUAGAACUGCUGCUUGGUUACCAGAAAGAAUGCUCCGUCGUUAUUUCCUUCCAUCAUUUGCUGAAGCUAUUACUGGUGCUGGUGCCGGUACUAUUAUGAUUAAUUCUGGUGAAGUUAAUGGUGUUCCAAUGCAUACCUCCUACAAAUAUCUUACUGAAGUACUUAGAAACGAAUUAAGAUUUGAAGGUGUUGCUGUUACCGAUUGGCAAGAUAUUGAAAAAUUAGUUUUCUUCCAUCAUACUGCCGGUACUAUGGAGGAAGCUAUCAUGCAAGCUUUAGAUGCUGGUAUUGAUAUGUCAAUGGUUCCACUCGAUCUUUCAUUCCCAAUUAUUCUUAAUGAAUUAGUCGAAGCUGGUCAAGUCCCAGAAGAACGUCUCGAUAUCUCAGUUAGAAGAAUCUUAAAUCUUAAGUAUGCUCUUGGUCUCUUUGAAAACCCAUACCCAAAUCCAAAUGCCGCUAUUGUCGAUACCAUUGGUCAAGUUGAAGAUAGAGAAAAUGCUGCCGCUGCUGUCGAGGAAUCAAUUACUCUUUUACAAAACAAGAACAAUAUCCUCCCAUUAAACACUGAAGCUUAUAAAAAUAUCCUCCUUACUGGUCCAUCAGCUCACAGUAUUAAAAAUCUUAAUGGUGGUUGGUCAGUUCAUUGGCAAGGUGCUUAUGAAGAUAGUGAAUUCCCAUUUGGUACCUCAAUUCUCACUGGUCUUCAAGAUGUUUUAAAUAACACUGAUGUUAAUAUCGAAUAUCAAAUUGGUACUGAAAUUGGUGUUGCUCUUAAUCAAUCAUCAAUUGAUUGCGCAGUUGCCGCUGCCAGACAAGCUGAUGUUGUAGUUAUGGUUAUUGGUGAACUCCCAGAAGCUGAAACCCCAGGUGAUAUUGAUGAUCUCACAAUGGACGCUAAUGAAAUCCUUUUAUUAGAAUCAGUUCUUGCUACUAAAACUCCAGUUGUUCUCAUCCUCGUUGAAGCUCGUCCAAGAAUUCUUCCACCAGCUCUUGUUUAUAACUGUAGUGCUGUAUUAAUGGCUUACCUUCCAGGUAGUGAAGGUGGUAAACCAAUUGCCAAUAUUCUUAUGGGUAAUGUUAAUCCAUCUGGACGUCUCCCACUUACCUAUCCAGGUUAUACUGGUGAUAUUGGUGUUCCAUAUUAUCACAAAUACAGUGAAAUUGGUGUUACCUCACCACUUUUCCAAUUUGGAGAGGGUCUUUCUUAUACUAUCUUCAACUACACCAAUCUUCAACUCAAUGCCAUUCCAAUUUCUGGUCAACCAGGUAACUACUCUGGCUCAUUAGGUUCAACUUAUACUGUCACAGUUACUGUCACCAACAAUGGUGCAAUGGCCGGUAAAGAUUCAGUUCUUUUAUAUCUUUCUGAUUUAUGGGCUCAAGUUACACCAGAAGUUAAGAUGCUUCGUGGUUUCCAAAAAGUCGACCUUGCUCCACAAGAAUCAACCACCAUCGAAUUUACUUUAUCACCAUACGACUUUUCUUUCAUUGGUAUUGAUAACAAGAUUACCUUAGAAUCCGGUCAAUUUGUUAUUGCUAUUGGUAAUCAACAAGUUUCUUUAUAUUUACAAUAAAAUAAUAAUCAAUAAUAAUACAUUUCAGUAAUAAUAAUUUUAAGAUCUCAAAAAAAAAAUUUGUUAAAUAAAAUAAUAAUAUAUUUUAUAUCUUUUUAAAAUUAUUUAAAAACU